GCGCAUGUGAGAUCUGUCGCGCGCACGCACCAUGCUCCUAGCACUCGCCUGUCUAAUCGCGACCGCGGCCGCCGCGCCUGCUAUCUACGACCAGCGCCAGGAUGGCGAGGUCAACGUGCAAGCUGACGUCCAGAACGUUCUGCUGCUCGUCGCCGUGCCCAAGAAAUUGCCAAUCAAUCUGUUUGACAUUCUGUCCAAGAGCAACAAACCUCUAGACAGGGACCAUGAAAUUCAGGAAAGGUCUGAUGUCCGUGUGAUGGAAGCUUUCGUGGAACCCAGUACACCGUACCGCGUUGAAAUCGGAGCAGGCGACAGGUCUGCGAGUGAUGGGCGCGCAGUCGAGGUAGUGAUCGCUGGCCGGCGCCGCCUCGAGGCUGACCCAGACGAACAGGACGAGUUGAAGCUGCUAGGAGCAACAGAAAACUGUGGGCCGGAGCGCAUGCGUGACCCUGUGACCCUCAUGUGCCAGGACCGAGCACCCUCCGAGGCCAGCGCCGAAACGAUGGAGAAAGAAGAAAAAGUAGAACCACAACAGACACCUGAAGUAGUCGUUGUUUCGUCAUAGUUCCCGAUCUCUGCGUUAUUGUUUGUAUAGUUAAUUUAUUUCCAAAUAUAAUGUUCGCCAUU